AUGGUUCAAAUCAAAUCAUCCGUCUUAGUUGCCGCAGCUGCCAUCUCAGCGGCAUCUGCCUUGCCCACUUCGUCAUCCCAGUCUCACAAUCUGGUAGAUUUGGUUGUUGGUGGGAAUGGCGAUGCGGUGAUCGAUCUGAAUGUCAAUCUGGGUAGAGCUCAACCUCUACUCGAAGCUAGAAAACAAAGAAAGGGGGAAGAAGAGGACGGAGGAUUGAGACGUUCAGUUAAGGAUAUGGUCAAGAACGUAGAGGACAAAGCUAAAACUAAAACCGGUGGAAGUGGAGCAGGAGGGAUGAUGUGGAAAGGGAAACCAUCUAAAAGAGGUCCAUGGAGGAAUGGUGGCGAUUUGAUCGAUUUGAAUAUCGGUCAUGGCGCUGUCGAUGUUGAUGGAAAUCACGACGGACAUCUGGUCAAUGGUAACUUACUCGAUCUGGCGGUCCGAUCACCCCGACACGACGAACACCUUAUCCUCACAGGGGAUAAUCACGACUACUAUCGGAACUCGGGCCAUCGAGGACAUCGUCACGGGAACGUACAUGAUCAUACCCACCUUCAUGCCAGACACUCAGGUCAUGGACGACACAGACAUUCAGUAGUGGAAGUUAUUGGUGAUGGAUAUGGAAGACAUCGAGGUGGCUACGAGUUCAUCGAUACUGGAAGACACGGGUAUAGACAUGGAGAUGUGGAUGUUCAUGAACAUACCCAUAUACAUGAUAGGUCCCAUCAUGAUGAUGUGAUGGUGGUUGAUGGUGGAAGACACAGACAUGAUGAUGGGGUUGUAGUCGUUGAUGGUGGAAGACAUAGACAUGGUGAUGAUGUAAACGUGGUAAAUAAAGGACAUCGACACGGUGAUACUACUAUAGUAAACAAUGAUGGACGACAUCACCACGGCGAUACCACCGUAGUGAACAACGGAGGUCAUCAUCGAGGUGAUACGACCGUAGUGAACAAUCACAAGCGAUCACCCAAACUUGGCAUUUCAUCUAAACUCGCUGGUCUCGGUCGAGCGUUCCUCAAGCGAUCUCACUCGGACGACAGGGAUAGGCACUGGAGACAUGGUGGUAUUGAUACUACUAUUGUGAAUAAUGGCAGACACGGUGAUACCACUUUGAUCAAUAAUGGGCGACAUGGAGAUACCACCUUCAUUGAUAAUGGUCGACAUGGGGCUGCCACUUUGAUCAACGGUGGACGACACGGUGAAACGCUUGUGGUGGAUAACGCUAGACAUCACGGACAUGGCGGAGACACUACCAUCGUCAAUAACGACAGACACCACGAUACGACUGUAGUCAACAACGGACGACACGGGGAUACCACCGUGGUCAACAAUGGGGCACAUAGGCACCACGGAGAUACGACAGUGGUCAACAACCAUAAAAGGGGACACCAUCAUUCCGAUCGGAUCAUCGUCGUAGGCGAUCAAAGGAGAUAUAGAGAUGCCGAUUUCUAUUAUAGGAAUUCGUGGGAUAGCGGAUUAAGUUAUGGUAAACCGAUCUUUUUCUCUGAUGGAGGAAGUUUCAACAGAGUUAGAAUGAUCGAUAAUUACCCAUACAGAGAUGGAUCAGGUGGAGUUGAUGUUAUUCCAGCAGAUGCGAUUCCCUUGAGAGGUGGGAGGUAUAACGAUUAUCCUUAUGGAUAUGGAUAUCAUUAUGGAAGGUAUGGAAAGAGAUCUGAACAAGAGGAGGCUUCUGCUCAAGUUGACAAAAGACAUCAUCGUGAUGAUCAUGACGAUGUCACUUUCAUCAAUAAUGGUCAUCACAGACACAACGAUCAAGAUGUCACCGUUGUCAACAACCACAAAGGACACCAUCACGAAGACAAAGAGUGCAGACACGGCCGAUGUGAUGGUGAUGAUGUGACGAUUGUUAAUAACCAUAAGAGACAGAUGAUGCAGGAUAACGGUAUGGGUGGUGCACCGGGUUAUAUUGACGUUACAAGCCCCGUCUUCAACUCUACCACCGCGACUCGGAUCGCUUCGCUUGUUCUAUCCACAUCUAACGGUACAGAUGCCAACUCGAGCUUCGUUCUGAACGCGUCGAGCAACAUCCGUACACAGGUCUAUCUCGUACCGCUCAAUCAAGGAAACUCGACCGUGGCUUCCGCAGCAGCAGGUACCGGCUCAAACUCCACUUCCCCCAUCUCAGUCAAUCUCAAAGUACCCAUCUUCGUAGCUUCCACCGCGACUGUCGAACCUUACUGUGCGACAUUCGAUCCCUCGCCUGAAAACCCAGCUCCAUUGACUGUCACACCCUGUACCAACGACAUUGUGUCUUCACACGAGAGUCAGAAGUUCCUGUAUAAUCCCGAUACAGGUGUGAUUCACCCUGAUUGGCAACCUUCCGCCGAUGCUCAGCAAUUGCUUCAAGCUGUUCCAGAUAGUGUCGAUGAUACUUCCGACCCAGCUCAAGCUCAGGCUCAGGAUGUAGACGAUAUGUCAGUUAUGGAGGCCCAGGCCGAUCCCGAAAUCGACCCUACCGACUCUGCAUCAGCGACUUUAGCUAGACGAGCUACUUCCACUCCCCCUGCCUCAGGGACAGUCAACUCACCACCACCGUUAAUCACCUCUGGUCCACAAAUUUCAACCGAUUCCACGGCUUUACCCCAGUCCAACCCGGCUUCAAAUGUAACCUUGAUUUUCACUCCUGUCAACCCAGCUAUCGUCAAUUCAGCUUCAGUAAACUUCGAUCCGGCUUCCUCAUCCGCUCCUGCUCCUGAGGACGAAUCGACCAAUGCAAAUGGUAUGGAUUCCCAACAGGCUACUAUGACCAAGAGGGGAUUUCACGCUGUUAACCCUGUAAACCUCGAUAUCAACUCUGGGAGUUUCGACGCGGCCGAUUCGAAUGGUCCCGUCCAAUCGCAAUCGCAACCUGGGUCCAGUGAUGUCAAUGGCAACAGCAAUAGCAACGAUAAUGGUAUGAGUGACAAUGAAGCUAUGACCUCUCAAGCUAUCCCUACUUCCUCUUCCUCCUCAAUGCCUGUCGACUCUGUUCCUGCCGGCCCAAAGGGUUUCCACGCUGAUGCCAAAGCCAACUUGAACCUCGGUGAUUCCUUACUCCAGAAGCCAAUGAUCGCCCCUGAAUCUCUCACUGCUCCUUAUGAGUGGAGAUGGACCAAAGCGGAUACAGUCGAUGAGAGUGCUUUUUCAAAGGCUACUACGGUUGUUUAA